GCGCGUGAACGUGUGUGGACUGCGCUCGGGGACGCGCUUGUGAUUUUAUCUGAUUCUUUUAUUAUCUGCAGUCACAAUGUCUUCACUUCACUAUCCCCGAGUCUGUCGGUGAAGGAAGGACAGAAACGAUGGAAGAGAGCGGGGAUCAUGGAGGACUGGAGAUCAGCUGGAACCCAGGGAGGAAGGAGAACAAGACAGACCUCCCACAGCAACCCGUCUGUAAAGAGGAGAAGGUUUUGUCUGGGCAGUUUCUCUGCAAUCAGGAGAGGAACUCCACUCUGGACCACGAUAACCCAAGAACCACGAGGAUUAAAGAGGAACAAGAAGAACCAGAACCUCCAAAGAUUAAAGAGGAACAGGAGGAACCAGAACCUCCAAGGAUUAAAGAGGAACAGGAGGAACCAGGACCCCCCAGGAUUAAGGAGGAACAGGAGGAACCAGAACCUCCAAGGAUUAAAGAGGAACAGGAGGAACCAGGACUUCUUGGGAUUAAAGAGGAACAGGAGGAACCAGGACCCCCCAGGAUUAAGGAGGAACAGGAAGAACUCUUCAUCAGUCAGGAGGAAGAGCAGCUUGUUCUGAAGCAGGACACUGACGUGAUGGUUCAGUUCAAGUCUGAAUGUGAUGAAACAUUGGAAGUCUGUGAAAGUACCAAGAUCCAGUACGAGGAAGAGACUGAUCGUCAGCACAGACUUCUGCAAUCUUACAUAAACCUGCACAUUAUAGAACUCCCACAUCAGUGUGUCUGUAAAGAAGAGGAUGUUUUUGUUGACCAGAAGCUCCACAAGCAGGAGCAGGAACUUAUUUUGCACCAGGAGGAAUCAGACCCUCCACAUAUUGAAGAGGAACCGGAGGAACUCUGCACUGUGCAUGAAGAUCUGUUACUGAAACAGGACGGUGAUGCUGUUACGGUCACGGUUACUCAUGACAAAGAGGACCAUGGCGAACAAGAACCAAGCAUCAAUCAUGUUCUCUGUCACAGCCCCCCCGUAGCAGAGAGCACAGAGGAAAACCAGCUUGGAGACGGGUUACCUAGUAAUAUAGAGCUAAAACCAAGAAAGACAAGGAGGAGUAACCGUGUUGGUUACUCUCCCUUGUCAAAACAUCACUCUGUUACUGCCGCGCAAAAAAACUAUGUAAAAUGUGGCAGUUGUGAAAAAUCUUUUAAGAAGUCAUGUUUGAAGAGCCAUCAGAGAACCCACGCUGGUGAGAAGCCGUAUUCUUGCAAAACAUGUGGAAGAUGUUUCAGUCUAAGGAGUAACUUGUUAUGCCACGUGACGAAUCACACGGGGGAGACUCCGUAUUCAUGCAAAGCACGUGGGAAAAGGUUCAGUCAAAAAGAUAGCUUUUUGUACCGCAUGACAAUUCGUGCAGGCGAGAAGCCUCAUUCCUGCAAGAGAUGUGGGAAAAGUUUCCGCUCCACCAGUGGUCUUGUGUACCACAUAAGAACUCACACGGGCGAGAAGCCACAUUCUUGCAAGACGUGUGGAAAAUGUUUCAGUCUGGGUAGCACCUUAUUAUGUCACAUGAGGACUCACACAGGUGAGAAGCCGUAUUCUUGCAAAACGUGCGGAAAAUGUUUCUCUCGAAAUACUGGCUUGUUGUACCACAUGAGAACGCACACGGGCGAGAAACCAUAUUCUUGCAAAACCUGUGGGAAGUGUUUCUCUCGAAAUACCAGCUUGUUGUACCACAUGAGAAAUCACACGGGUGAGAAGCCGUAUUCUUGUGAAGUGUGCGGGAAAAGUUACAGUCACAACAGUAGCUUUCUAUAUCACAUGAAAACUCACACGGGUGAAAAGCCUUAUUCAUGCACAUUCUGUGGCAAACAUUUCAGUGCAAAUAGUGACUUGGUGUGCCACUUGAGAACUCACACCGGCGAAAAGCCAUACUCAUGCAAAGUAUGUGGGAAAUGUUUCAGUGUAAGUUCUGGCUUGUCGCGGCACAUGAGAACUCACCCAAAAAAUGACUGAGAAUUUGGUAUCAGUCAGUAAAGGACCAAGAAGCUGAGCUCAUUUACUUGACAAUAUUUAAUAGUAAGUCAUGUCCUUCAGUAAAAAUAGAAUUGCUGGUAAAAACUAUUGUGAUUAACCUGGACAAUUUCUGCAGAUAUUUCGAAGGGUGUCCCUGUGCCUACAGUCUGUUAUUGUAUUUCUUUCCUAAAACCUAAUUAUAGUCAAGAUGUCUUAAUUUGCAGCACAUAGGCAUGAAGAUAGAAAAGAGGGGCUGCUGCCUCACAUCUCGCUGUGGCAGUGUUUCUCAAUUCCUGUGCUUGGGAUACCCUGUCCUGCAUCUUUUAGAUGUUGCCCUCCUUCAACACACCCUGAUACAAAUGAUUGUGUCAACAGACUUGUGUAGAUCUUGAUAAUGAGCUAAUGAUGUCCAUUAAUUAGAACGUGUGUCGGUAGAAGGGGACAUCUAAAACAUGCAGGAUAGGGGGUCCUGAGGGGCCAGAAUUGAGAAACACUGUGCUACGGUGACCACGCCUGAGAGGCUGUGUAUCGCCCAUAGACUACAAACACAGUGGUCACAUCAGUCAUGUGACCCAUCGGUCUCAGAACACUGGUUUUGGAGUCCCUUUUCCUUCAUGCUGCACACAGCCAUGUUGCUUGGGAAGCUGAUGGGAACACACCCACCAUAUCUCUAUCACUGUGGUUCCCAACCCUGGUCCUCCAGGCACACUAUCCUGCACCUGAUUGACAUUAACAGUUGUCACCAGUUUGUCAUCAAGGUCUGGACAGUUCUGUUGUUGACACAGCUACUUGUAUCACGGUGUGCUGAAGCAGGGAAACAUCUAAAGGCCCAGAUAGACUUGCAGUUCAGAACGCGUACGCAUCAUGGCCGCCACGCGUUUCCUGUGUUCAUUUGACGCGUCGACUUGCACGUUCUCAAAAAGACACUGAACGUGUAGCGACCUGCAGUUCUGGCUCUGGACGCGAGUGGAGCUGGUCCCGGUCUGGUACCGGCUGGUGCCGGUCUGGUACCGGCUGU